AUGAUGGAAGAGAAUUUGGAGCUCUUGCUGAUCUUGAACACGGCCGGGCGCACCUGGUUAAUCGACCCGAUCGACUUGAACCGGAUCUGCACCUUGGCCUCUGUGGGCUUCGAUACCGUCAGCACGGCCGACGUGGUUUUGGCGGGCAAUUUGGACAGCAUCAUGCUCUGGUUGAGGGUUAUCUUUGUUUUCUGGGGGUCUUUCUUGAUUGUGCUCUCGUCGUCCAGCGACUCCGAAUCCGACCCGCUCGCGGUGUCUCCGGUCUCCUCUGCAAUGGAUUGCGGUACGUUAGUGGCCCCCACCUUGAUGUGA